AUGGGUUCUCCAGUUUGUCGGGGGUGCAUUAUGGAGAAAAUAAAUGAUGAGGAGGUUGACUGUUGCCCAGUAUGCGACAUUGAUCUUGGCUGCGAUCCUGAAGAGAAACUCAGACCUGACCACAACCUUGAAGAUAUCAGGAAUAAGGUAUUUCCAAUUAAAAAGAUAAAUGUUGUUGCUCCAAAGGCUGUAACAACAUUGCCAGCAAAGAGAAAACAGAGGUCCCUUUCUUCCUUGGUGCUUGAUACUCCAAGCGUAGUAAAGCGGACUGGUUUGACUGGAAAGAGAACCAAAGCUAAAAGGAGGGCAGCAGCUUCUCGUGCAACUUCUCCCGUUAAUAAUGGAACCAUGAAAUUACCAACUAAAUCUGAAAAUCGAGAUCAGAAGAUUGAGAAAAGCUCUACAUCACAAUCUACCAUUGAAAGAUAA